AUAUAAAUAUCCUAGGUAGAGAUCGGUAAUAGGUAUCAUAAAUAAAUUUGCUAUUUUUCCCAGAGUUCAACGUGUUCUUCAAAAUAAUGAAAAUUUUAACAAAAGAAUUUUAAAAUAGCGUUCUGCAGAACAGGCAGAGACAACAUUUUUAAUUGUGUCUUACACAAUCAGUACUGGGCAACCCUUGGACAGUUUCUCAUACCUAUCCGAUGAUCACAGUCAAGUAAAAUAAUUAAAAUUUUAUUUCAGCGACGUCUGCACUUUAAAAUUUACCAGCAAGCCGUUUAAACUAACAUGGACAGUCUAAACCCCCAAAGUUCAAAAAUAUCUUUCGGAAAUGGAUUACCCUUAAAAAAAAAAAAAACUAAGAAAUCAAAAACAAAUGAAUAUGAUAACCAAAAUAUAAAUAUGAAAAAAAGUUUUACGAAAUUCGAUGAUCUACAAAAACGUAAUGUUAUUCAUUCUACAAUACCUGAGAAGGUUGAAAACUGCCACCAAUGCAAGAAACCCGUGUACAAAAUGGAGGAAGUCAUUCUUAGUUUGAAGACAGCAACGACUAUUUUCCAUAAAACGUGCUUACGUUGCAAGGACUGUGGCAAACACCUUAAAUUUGAUAGCUAUAAUGUUCAUGAUGGAAGUCUAUAUUGCUCUAUGCACUUUAAAUUAAUAUUCGCCCCGAAAGUAGUUUACGAAGAAUUUACCCCACGAAAAGCCGAACUGAUAAUACGAGAGAAUCAGCCAAUUAAAUUACCGCCGGAUGUUGCUAAAGCAUCCGAUAAACCAAGUCUUGGCCUUGACGAGCUCCAAGAACUUAAUCUGCGCUCAAAAUUUAAAGUUUUCGAAAAUGGCUAUGAAGAACAUAACAAUAAUUUACGAGAACGUCAAGAUAUUGCUAUUACGCAUAGCAAGUCAAUACAGUCUACACUGACUAAGUUUCAUGGGCUAGGGAUACCUAAUUCAGAACUAACCAAAUUAGACGAUAAAAACAGUGACAAUAAUAGUGAUGGCGAUGGCGACAUGAAUUUUAUGUGCUUAAAAAAGGAGAUCGAAAGAGAAACCCCUGUAGGCUUGGGGGAAGCCAUGAACGAUAUAAGAUCUAAGUUUGAGCAAGGUGACUUAAUGGCAAAGGAAGGGCGCCGCGAGGAAAGAAAACAAGAAAUACAAAACAUACGCUCUCGAUUGUUUCUGGGUAAACAAGCCAAAAUAAAAGAAAUGUAUAAAUUAGCUGUUGCUGAAUCAGAACAACCCGUUACAUCAGUUGGCAAAACCCCAGAUAUUUGUGCUAUUAAGCCCACUCAGGAAAUAAAGAACCGAUUUGAGAACGGUGAAGUUUAUAAAGAUAGUAAGAUACUAUCAAGCGAAGUAAGUUGUGGUAUUCAUGAGGAUGCGGAUGUAUUCGAAUCUGGAAUAAGCAAAGCAUCAAGAAACAUCUUUAUGAAACUAGAUGCAAAUAUAAAAUCGGGUUUAAGCAAUCAUGUACAAUAUACCCUCCCCGAUAAAAAAUAUCAGAUACAUAAUCAAAAAGUGCAGGAGAAUAGCGAUGUUGAAAUUGUCAAAUCCGACUCAAAGCCAGAAGAAGUUAAGGUCGCCACUGAAGAGUUGUCAAAAAAGUUUAAAUUCUUCGAAACAUAUUCUCCGGCCGAAAAUAAAAAAAGGAUAUUCCGCAUGACACCGCCACGUGAGGGCGUUGUAAUGUUUCCACCUCCUGACUCCGAAACGAAUCAACAAAUUAGCACGACUUUAUUCAAUGAUAACAUUUUGCAGAAAACGAAAACAACGUCCACUAUUUUAAAUAAGUUUCGCGAAAUGGAGGAACAAAAAAUGAGUGAUCAACAAAAAAAAAAAAACCCAAAGCCAUUGAAGUGUUUUACUCCACCACCUGAAAUUUCACAUCAAUUUAUUAGAUCAGAUACUGAGGAGGAAAGCGACAGUGACUACGAACAAAAUAGUGAAAACGACGAAGAGUCUGAAAUUAACCCUUCAAACUCUUAUUACAACGAUAAGGCACUUCUCGAGGCGCAAAGUGUUGCACGAGCUAAGCAAUUGAGAGCGAAAUUUGAAAAAUGGCAAAAUAACGAAAUAGAACAAGAAAUAAAGGAAGGUCGCAUUGAUGUAUAUUCACAGCUUAUUUCAAACGAAUCUAUUGAAAGUGCCAAAGCAAUACGGGAACGCUUUGAAAAUAUGAAAAAAUCGGAAACUGCUAUGGAGAACCCAUCAAAAACUCAAAUAAAACGUUUUGUUUAACAUCGUGAUGGUCACUAAAUCCGAAUUAUUUCUAAAUGGAUAUUUAAGGCAAUAUAUUUGCAUUCGUCCAAAAGAUGAUCAUCUGGAAGCUUCAAAAUAAUAUCUUAUAUUUUAUGUCUUAGAUAAAUACAUUUUUGACAUUUUGAAUGUGGCAAAUACAUAAUGAGUAUAAUACUUUAUUCUAUAGCUUUAUCCAUAAAGUCCAAGAAUCGUUUGGCAUAUUGUUCAGGGUCACAGGUUGAUAUACCGUCAACAUUACUGCCAUAUUUAACAGUUUUGGCUGCUUUAGCUGCCUAAAAUAUGCUGUUAAAAUUACAACCUUUCUUUUAAGUAUUAAAUGAAAUACCUGUUUUUUUACUCCAUAUUGUGUAAGAACGUCAAUAAUUGCAAUAAAGUAAAUUUCGCGUUUUUCUGCAAUACAGUUCAAAAUAUACAUUAAUUCUCUAAUUUUAAUACCGGUAGUAUUAGUGGCAAAACGGUAGAAGUGAUUGGACCAAAAAAUUAAAAUGUGCACUAAGAAACCAGUAAUAGAAAUCUCAUUAGUUAACAACUGAAAUUUAAAUUUAUUAAUGGGGUUCUAUUAAAAUAGUUUUUACCUGCAUUGUAUGUCAAAGAACAAAGUAUUU